GUUCUUCCCCAUGACACCACCUGAACGUCUCUUCCUCUCAAGGGUGCAGGGCACCCCCCUACACCUCCUCCUUCUGGGGCUGCUGCUGGCCCUGCUUCCUGGGGCCCAGGGGCUCCCUGGUGUUGGCCUCACACCUUCAGCCUCCCAGAUUGCCCGUCAGCACCCCAAGAUGCAUCUUGCCCGCAGCACCCUCAAACCUGCUGCUCACCUCGUUGGAGACCCCAGCAACCAGAAAUCACUGCGCUGGAGAGCGAACACGGACCGUGCCUUCCUUCAGGAUGGUUUCUCCUUGAGCAACAAUUCUCUCCUGGUCCCCACCAGUGGCAUCUACUUUGUCUACUCCCAGGUGGUCUUCUCUGGGAACGCCUACUCUCCCAAGGCCACACCCACCCCGCUCUACCUGGCCCAUGAGGUCCAGCUCUUCUCCUCCCAGUACCCCUUCCACGUGUCUCUCCUCAGCUCCCAGAAGAUGGUAUAUCCAGGGCUGCAGGAACCCUGGCUGCACUCGAUGUACCAUGGGGCUGCGUUCCAGCUCACCCAGGGAGACCAGCUAUCCACCCACACAGAUGGCAUAGGCCACCUAGUCCUCAGCCCUAGUACUGUCUUCUUUGGAGCCUUUGCUCUGUAGAACUUGGGAAAAUUUGGAAAGAAAAAAUAAUUGAUUUCAAGACCUUCUCCCUAUUCUGCCUCCAUUCUGACGAUUUCAGGGGUUACCACCGCCUCUCCUUUGACCAUUCCACCAGCUCAAGUCUUCCCCAAUCAAGUCAGCUGGAGCUUUCAAAGAAGGAAUUCUAGGCAUCCCAGGGGACCACACCCGCCUGAACCAUCCCGGAUGUCUGUCUGGCUGAGGAUUUCAAGCCUGUCUAGGAAUUCCCCGCCCAAAGCUGUUGGUCUGUCCCACCAGCUAGGUGGGGCCUAGAUCCACACACGGAGGAAGAGCAGAAACGUGGGGGAGCUUGGGGGAUGACUGGGGGCAGGGAGGGGACUAUUUAUGAAGGCAAAAAAUUAAAUUAUUUAUUUAUGGAGGAUGGAGAGAGGGGAAUAAUAAAAGAACAUCCAAGGGGGAAUGAGGAGUGAGAGGGCAUGGGUACAAGGCUGACUGAGAAAGAAAGAAGUAGGCAUCACGGGGGGUCACAUGGCCUCAGAAGGCAGCAAAAGGCCCUGAAAGCCAGCUGCAGACCAGAGCCCCACACAGAGGCAUCUGCACCCUUGAUGAAGCCCAAUAAAUCUCUUUUCUCUGAAA